UUUAAUUUGAGAUUUAUGAAAAGAAGUUUGUGGAAAAUUUGUGUAAAAUACUGCAAAAAGUACUGCUGAUUAUAAGAAAAUUUAAACCAAGCGAUACUGUAAAAUGUCUCUUUUUGGAAUGAUGGGUGAUUUAGAGGAUGAUCCAAUUUUUGGGCAUCAUAUGCGUUCGAUGAGGCAAAUGAAUAACAUGAUGAACUCAUUGUUUGCGGAUCCAUUCGGAAUGUUAGGUGGACUGGAUAGUAUUGCAGGCCCAUCGCUCAUGAGCCCUCGUGGAGGAUCCGCUAUGAUGCCUUUCAUGGGACCGACCAUGAAUAUGAAUCGUUUGCUGAAUAGCAAUGAUGGACCGUCUUAUUGUACCAGUAGUGUAUUUUCGAUGACUUCGGGUCCCGAUGGACCUCAGGUUUAUCAAGCCACUUCAAGCACACGCACUGGACCGGGGGGAGUCAAGGAAACGCGCAAAACCGUUCAGGACAGCCGAUCUGGCACCAAGAAAAUGGCGAUCGGACAUCACAUCGGGGAGCGUGCUCACAUAAUCGAACGCGAACAGAAUGUUCACACAGGAUCUCAAGAAGAGCGGCAGGAUUUCAUUAACCUGGACGACGAAGAAGCAGAGGAUUUCGAUCGGGAAUUUCAGACCAAAGUACGCAGUUCUCUAAGUCUCUCUGGCGGUAGACGUUCAGGACCCGAAAUCAUGGAGCUACCAUCAAAUCAGCCAAACCCACCGCAUAUUCGUGCUAUAACAAACAGUCCGUACAACGUGACAUCUCCGAGUAGCAGUGGCCAGUACCAGCAGCAACAAUCGACGACGACACCGUUAGCCACUAACCGUAAUCGCAUAACUGGUGCACCGUCAGUAACGUCCCGCAGGGGUAUCCGAUCGCCGGCUUCAUCCCCGCUAGCGCUACCUCCAGCGAGCGGAAGUGGACACAUUACAACAAGUGUGCACCCGCAUCCGUAUAACAUGGCUGGUAGAAAGAAUCGCUCUAUCAAAGGCCCUUCCUCUUCACCGUAUCAUCAGUAAGAGAGCUGCAAAAGCCAGCUGCCCCCAGAUAGCAAAGGACGAUCACAGCAGUGUGAGACCGAUAUGAAAAUCAAAUUCGCGAUUCCCAAUCUACUGAAUUUUCCUGCAAACCGACCGGCAAAUGAAAAACCGAACAUCGGACAUUGUUCGAGCUUUGCAACAAUUCUAUUCUACUGUUUAAUCUUAAUAUCAUUAUCGAAAAGACGUGGUUCAGUGCUUCAUUCGACUGCUCUUUUGUGUCAAAUAACUGAUCCCAAUUUCAAAACUAUGUAGAUUUGAUUAAGUACACAGCAAGCAACAUUCAAAAAUGUUAUAGCUGAUGGUUGCGUCUCGUCUAUGUUAGUAUUCUAGAAUGAGUUGAAACUUAUUUUCGUCGAGUAAUUGUUAUUUUUUUCAAAUGAGUUCAUGUUAUCUUUCUAAACAGGAAUGUUCAUUAGUACAAUAGAUACGUAUUUACCAAGUCGAUUGAGGUUGUUUUGUUUUAGAAGUUAAUAUCCAUAUAUCUUAAACUGAGAAUCUUUUAACAACGGAUUUUCAUUAAAAGUGUUUUAAUGAAAGAGUCCGCUUUCUGCUAAUCAACUGUCAAAGAUUGUAUGAUCAAAGAGGUAAAUAUAGACAUGCUGCACGACUUAGAUAAUAUUUAAGUGGUGAUAGCCAUGAAUGCUGGAUUAUCCGGAAGGGUUUUGCUGUACAAACCUUUAUUUAAAAAAAGUUUUCUUAUAUCUUCCGUGAUGUUCUGUAUUGAAGUCUUUAACAAAUAUUUCUCAAUUAUUUUAAAAAGAGGCGAAACACAUCACCAUGUUCCGAAUUAUAUGGUACAAUAUUUCCUUGCGACAAGCGUUUAUCAUUUAGGCUAUAGAAAGUGUAGUUUUUCAAUGUAACCAAUGCGGUGAAAAGCCGGAUGAAAAAAAAAAAAAUAUUCCUAGAUAUGAAUGAAGGUUAAUCCCUAACAAACACGAGAGAAGGAAACUUUCUUUCUUUAUUCAUAAGAUUUGUUCAGUGAAGCCGAGCAGAACGUUAGAUUAGCUAUUAAAAUUUGAUACCUAUAUGUAUAUGGUUGGCCCGAAAAUGGCAAAUCAAAAGCUAAACCUUGAAUUGCGGAAGGAUGUGGCUGCAUAAUUAUUGCUAGUAUAAUCAGUAGAGUAGCAUACGUUUUGUUCUUUAAUUUAUGGAGUGUUUGUAAGAGGACAACUAUAUAUAAACAGUAAAAUAAAAUGAUAG